AGUGACGUCAGGCCGUAUCCGUCGGUCGCGGAGCGGUGCGGUCUGUGGCGCUGCAGCCGGUGGCGGACGGGCCGGAGGCGGCAGCAGCGGCGGCAGCAACAGCUCGGGAGGCGGCCGCCACCCCAUCCCCAGCUGAGGCGCUUCUCCUUCCGCAGGUGCGGCCAUGGCGGACUCCACGCAGAACGGGCCCAUGCAAGGCGGGGCCGGUGGCGGAGCCGUGCAAUUUCUGAUGGCUAACAAGUUGGAUACAGCAAUGUGGAUUUCCCGCUUGUUCACAGUUUACUGCUCAGCUUUAUUUGUCCUGCCUCUUCUAGGGUUGCAUGAAGCAGCAAGCUUUUAUCAGCGUGCCUUGCUGGCAAAUGCUCUUACUAGCGCCCUCCGACUACACCAAAGGCUACCCCACUUUCAGCUUAGCAGGGCAUUUCUGGCCCAGGCUUUGCUGGAGGACAGCUGCCACUACCUGUUGUACUCUCUUAUCUUUGUAAAUUCAUACCCUGUUACAAUGAGUAUUUUCCCAGUUCUGCUGUUCUCUUUGCUUCAUGCUGCCACAUAUACAAAGAAAGUUCUUGAUGCACGAAGUUCAAAUAGCCUGCCUUUUCUGAGAAAUCUUUUAGAGAAACUGAAUGCUAAUCAACAGAAUAUUCUAAAAUUCAUUGCUUGCAAUGAAAUUUUCCUGAUGCCAGCUACAGUUUUUAUGCUUUUCAGUGGGCAAGGGAGUCUGCUCCAGCCAUUCAUUUACUACAGAUUUCUGACACUGCGCUACUCCUCACGACGGAACCCGUACUGUCGGACUCUGUUCACCGAACUGAGGAUUGUUGUUGAACACUUAAUAAUGAAGCCAUCAUGCCCUGUUUUUGUAAGAAGACUAUGCCUCAGCAGCAUUUCCUUUAUAAGCAGAUUGGCACCAACUGUUGCAUAGCCAUCUUUCAGGCACUUGUUUUGUGAACAUUAUAGCAGCUGGCAGUUCUGCUGAUGAUUAAGUUCUGGUUUUACCCUGAUCUCACUCCAGUCGAUAUAAAAUGUGUGUAUGCUUUUCCUGGAGAAAAUAUGAAAUUUAGCUUAUGAAAAGCAAGUAAUGGAAACUUAAAUUUACCACUCUGUGUUGCUAAUUGGUGAAAAAAAAAGUAGCUGCAUCGUAUCUAAAACAUGACCAGUCAUACAAAUUUUUGUUAGUUUGUUUUUAGGAAUCAAGGAUUGUUUGAGGUUGAUUUAAAAAUUUGUCCUCAGUAGGUUUGUGGGAGCUGAACCAUAGCUACUGUAGGGUGUCUCUAGUGGAUAGAAGUUGGUACACAUACCUAUGCAGUACACUUUGGACAGUAUUCUUCUGUUUACUAAAUGUAUCUUUAGAACCAUAUUGUCUAAAUUACUAUAUUCAUUGUGAAAAUACAGCCCACCAUGAAUUUACCUGAAGAGAUUAAAAUGUAUCAGGUUUACUUAACACUUUUUCUGAGGGAUUUUUGUUUUUUUUUUUACUCAAUAUUACUUAAAAAGAACUCUUCCAACUUUUUACUUUGUGACAUAGUCUUGUAUUAGGUCGUUGGAAGAAAUCUCAAGCCUCUGACCAUGGAAAACUAUGUGCAAUUAUUUUUUCAUUACAAGAUGCCAAGUUGCUGACGUGUAGGCUUUUCAGACAAUGAUGCAAUGCUUAAACUUUUAACCAUCUCUUAAGUGAACUAAUCAAUGUAAACAAAGUACCUUUUGCAAAAUCAUUGCAAAUUUGUUCUUAUGUCUACACAAAUGUGAGACUGGAGUAAUUCAGAUGUCAGCUUUCUAGAAAAUUAAUCUGUAGCUAGCUCUAUAUAAAUUGUUCUUCCAGUUUGUGACUCUCAUGGUGAUGGGAAAUUUGCAUAAAUGAUUGCACCUGUUUAGGCAGCUUCUGGAACAAAUGGGUGUAGGAUUUUUUGACAAAAAUCCAAGUGAUGACUAACCUGAAGCCAGUGUCAUGACUGCAGAAAUGAAUGUUAAAUUGAAUGUUGGUAAUGUAUUACAUUAGCAGCUGAAGGAUAGUUAAUGAAAAAAUAUUAUCUGUCAAACCAAACUUCUUUCCAUGAAUUCAUGUCCUGAUCUUCUGUAGUUAAUACUCUAAUUGCAUAAAAUCAAAUGGGUUUCAUUGGCCUUCUGUAAACUACUUUGCCACUAAUUAUUCUUUGGUCAGAGAAAUCUUAAUGUGAAACACUUUCCAAAACAGUCUUGAAACAAAGUGUUUUUCUGUAACUAUUGAGUUGUCUUGUUUGUGAUGUGGAUGUCAUUCAGACUUUCCGGUUGUGUUAGUUUGCUAGAUCAGAGCCAUGUAUUUAUACACUUAUUUCAUUUUUUGCUCAACCUCUUGGUACUGAUGAACCAAUUGGUAAUGAAUAUGAUAUUCUUUGACUACCUGUCUUGCUCUCUGAACAUGAUUAGCUAUUUAUAGAACACUUGCACACUGCAGAAGCAACUGCAUGCAGUAAUGCUCUACAGCUGCUAAAGACUUGCAAUGAGAUUCACUAUAUGUAUAUCCUGUAAUUUGAGGGUUUUAUAAAAACUAAAAUUUCUACUGCAAUAAAAGGAGUGUUAAAUGUAAUUUGCUAGGCUCUUCAAGCUUAUUUCUCUCUAGCAGAACAUACUGAUGUUUGAACCUUGAAGUUGAGCAGAAUGCAGACCCGUGUGUACGUGUGCGUGUUCUUACAUUCCCAAUGCCCCUUUGAAUCAGGAUGUAGUGUCUUGUCCAUUUCUAAUGAUUUUAUAGGGAAUUUCUGCCUUAUAAAAUGCAGAAAUUUGAGCCUUUCCUUCAAAAUUCACUAAAGAAUAAGCACUGCAACAAUGGUAUCUUAGCAGAAAUUUAGACCUGCUUUUUGCCAUUUCAGUUCUUCAGCACUGUUCUAGACCCUCUUUGAUGUUACACUGCGCAUUUUUGGAGUGGUGACAUUGGACUCUCUUCAGCUUUUUGCACUAUUGUGAUUUUAAAAUUAACUUUGUCAUGUAUUUUGGUCCCCCAUACAGGGAGUAGAGGGCAAAUAAAUACUUCUUUAAUUAGUGUAAGCAAAAUAACAUGUUAGUUGCGAGCAGACUUGUGGUCUAAGUCUGCUCUUAGCAGUGCAGUCUACUGUUCCUUUAAUUGUAUGUGUAAAUUAGAGAAGAGUAAGCUGGAUCUGAUGUACUGCAACAGUAACUGAAGAAGGCUGAGUCUUGAGAUCCAAUUCUAUGUAUGGGUAAGGAAGAUUAAAAAGGAGUAAAUGAGAUUUCAGUAAGUAGAGGGUGAGCACACAGUGCCCUGAAAUAGAGCUUAUAUGUGGAUACAGAAUUUCUUGUUAUGUUUUCCUAGUAGGUCUUAAAAAUGGAUCAAGAGGAGGAAGGUCUUUCAUAAAUGGGAUUUAAUUUGGCUAGUAGUGUAUUCUUGGCUUUGCAAGGAGUUACUUGACAAAUGAAAUCUGGAAUUUACUUGUGGCCUGGUAAAACUUACUUAUCUGAUGUGCCAAGAAAAUAUGGAGCAGUGGGGUGAGAAUAACUUCUAAGCAAAAUAAAUUAGGCAACUGACCUGCACUCUGCAUCAACUUUGAUUUUUACGUGGCCUUUAGGCUGCGUGAGUGAUAACAGUGAAUUUCCUCAAUGCUGGCAAAAAAAUCUGACCUUGUGCUUGCUUCCUUAUCAGUUUGUGACUGUUUCUAUACUAAUGAUUAAAUUAAAAACAAAAUCCUGGUUGUGUCCUGGUAGCUUGAGAAUUUUCCCAGUGGAUGCUGCUGUGCUGCCAGCUUGCUUUGAUGCAAAGACUGUAACAGAAGUCAGGUAGUAGAAUUUUGCAGCUGCCCAUAAAAAACUGUCCAACCCCAAAUGUGAAGCAGAGGAGUUUCUGUCCUACUGAAAAGUUACCUACCUGAUGUGGCAGUUGUUUCUGCUGUGAUAAAUUGUGCUGGUCAUUGUUUGCAUUGUCUUGCCUUUCAUAAGUUAAAGUACUGUUGCAUAAAUUCUGCACCUUGCUGUGCAGAUCUACCCUUUGCUGUGCUCAAGCUUGCUGUAGAAGUGAUGCUACACUGAGUCUGUUGGAGCAGCUAAUGCCAGUUUGUCAGAGAUUUCUGACAAAACAAUUCACUAAUGCAUUCUUCCUUUCCUUUAUUGUAUUUUACUUGAUUUUAUACUUUUAUUGUAAUUUUUGUGCUUUGUUUUGUUUUGCAUCCUUUGUUGGAUGUUCAAAGAGAGCAAUAUCUUUAAGUUCCACAUUUUAAGGAUUUUUUUCAAUAUAUUAUAAUCAAGAGCCAGCAUUUGUUCCAAAUGUUUUUGAGCUGCUAACUAUCUAUUUGAUAGUACUGUCCAAACAAAUAAUGUAGGUGGUUAUUUUAUGCAGUCUGUGUUGGACCUUUUUAUCGUUAGGCACCUGUACUGAAAUAUUUGCUGUGCAGAUCUCAUGUUAAUUAAGAAAUUGCAGUUACUCUCUGUUUUAUAGACAUGACCAGAGGCAUGGAAAGACAGCUUGCCUGAGACAAGAGCUCUGGCAGAGCAGGAAGUAGAAAACAUAGUUGGAUGAGUGUCCAGGGGUAACUGUGAUUUGUUUUACACCACUUAGGACUUUUUAGUCCUGUUUUCAAAAUGAUACUAACUGCUGCUUAAACAGUUUUAAGAAGUACUGUAACUUAGGGUGCUCAAAUUACUGGUAGCAAAGAACAUGGAGGUAGGACAGUAUGUUCUUUUGAAGUGGUAUCAAAGAUUGAUUCCCCUAUGCAAGAGCUACGUAUGCUCUCUACUUUCCUCAUAUUUCUGCUGAGGAAAAAAACCACAGCAGUGUAAAAUCGCAAGCAGUUCCAUAAUAGAUGUUAGUAAAUAGGCUAAUCUGUUGUAACUGUCAACAGUUUUUAAUUGCUGCAGUACAGAUAUUUGUGGUUAAACUAUGUAUGCUGAAAUUGGUUAGUGUAUCUUUGUACCAUAACUUUUAUUGUGCUGUCAUUUUCAUAAAAUCACAGGAAGAGUCAAGCCUUGCUGUUUUAAAUUGCCUCUUAAGGACAGAACCUUAAGCAACCCUUUAUUUCAAAGAUACAUUAGCAGUGUGGAUAAUGUAAUUGAAUAUAAUCUUAAAUGUGGAUUUGAAAAUAUCUUUUUCAUUAAAUAUCAGCAUUGCUUAUUAACUUUUCUGCAGAAGCUAGCUCUGUGACAGUAGCAGGUAUUGUGCAGGUAAGGGAGCAUCAUUCCUUAGUUUUGUGCCAUCCAGAUGGUACAAACUUCUAAAAUGAAUUGAAAAAUUCAUCUUUUACUUGUAUUCAAGGACUGAGGCACAAAAUGCUAAUGUAAGGGCUCAGAGGGGAAAUACAGUUCUCCUGCAUAUUUGAGAAAAUGUGAAGGCCUUUCAAGAAAAUCUAAUAAACAUAAUAAUCGUAGGCUGCUGACACUAAGGAAAAAGCAUCUCAUUCGCUCUUUCUUUUAUGCAGCGAUUUACUGGUCCCUACUGAUUUUUAAAUUGGAUCACUGCAGUAAAUUAUCCAUGGCAGUACCUGUGAAAGAAAGCACUGGGAUCCAUAUUUGUUUAGUACUGUGCUUAAAUCAGCAAGAAUGAUAAAUUUGAUGGUAUGAAAUUGGAAAUAUCAAGGGCUUUUCUCAGCAAAUGAGCAAGUAUCUCCAUUUGUAAUUUACUGUGACCCUUUUUCAUUGUAUGUGCUUUGUAUGUCAAAUAUUUAUUUUGAAACUAAUUAAAUUGUUUUCUGUAUUGAUACAGCUAUGGUUUUGUUGAUGUUCUUGAAAUCAAAUUGCUAUGUUUUUCUGGAUUUGAAAUAUUACUAAUGUGUUGGAAAACAUCACUUGUUAAGUUUCAAUCUCCAAGACCAACAUCUUAAUGUUCUUAAUGUUAAAUGUUCUAGUUGGAUGUCAUGUUCUUUUGUGUGUUUAGAAUAGUGAAGAAUGCAGUGAGGUACUGUGGCUUCUCAUUUGCUUUUUCCAAAGGAAAAGGAAGAUUAGGCUGUGUAUCAAAAUAAAAAGAAAAAAAAAA